AUGAGCUGUUUGCUCACUCAAGUAUAAAAAAUUGAUAAUAAUUAAAGGAGAUUAUUGGGUAAUUAGAGAAAAAACGUCAGAAUCAAUCGAAUCUUUAAUGAGUAGACAGUAGGCAGCUUAGUGAACCGAAAAUUAUUUAUUUAUUCAUUCUUAAUAGCUUUCUUUCAAAAUCUUAUAACGAAAGAGUCUAUUAGAAUAAAUAAGAAAGCAAUAAAUAUUCUUUCAUCUCUAGCUAGCUAUCUAUCUAUCAGUCAAUCUAUUCAAGAUAUUAAAGUAGGAAAUAUCCAUACAUACAAACAUAAAGUCCGAAAGUAAAGAAAAAGAGAGGAUUCAAACAUAAAAAAUAGCUUUUUGUUUUGCUUUUAAUUGUCUAUUAUAAAAAAUCCAGAAUUCUUAUAAACUCCUUUUCAUAACUUUUCUAUGGUGUUGUGA